UUGGCAGCUGAGAAGUCUUCUUUCCUUGGUCUUGGCUUCUUUGUUAGAGAGAGAAGAAUAGAUUGAGUCGAUUUUUUCUCGGUUCGAGAAGUUCGCCGUAUACUUUGGUUCCUUCUCCACAGAUCAAUGCCCGCACACAGACAGAGAGAAAGACGUGUUUGGAAAGACAUGAUAGAUCUUUUCUGUUGAAUCUUUCUCGGUGGGUGCCGGCCGUCAAAAUAGAUACGAAAAGUUGCGCCAAAACGGGAUUUUGGAGCUAUCUUUUGACCUUGACUCUGUUAAUUUGAUCCGAGCUUUCUUGAGGAUCGUCCAGAGUAGGUCCUGGAUAAGAGUUUUGCCUGCGAUGGGCUCGGGUGGAUAGAUUCCGAUGAUUUAGGCAGCGAUUUGGUGGUUUCUUGUUCUCUUUAAUGAUUGUGUCUUGAUUAAUUUUUGUGGGUAAUGGCGGAAUCAAAUGUUUCUAGAGCAAGAAUCAUGAGAAUUUGAGUGAGCAGAGGAUUCUCUUUUCAGUCCUCCAAUGGCAGAAGAUGAUUUGAUUGAUCUAAAGUUUAGGCUUUUUGAUGGCUCUGACAUUGGGCCAGACAAAUAUGAUCCUUCCACCACCGUGGCAUCUCUCAAAGAAGUCAUACUGGCUCGGUGGCCGCAAGACAAGGAAAUUACCCCAAGAACUGUAAAUGAUGUGAAACUCAUUAAUGCGGGAAAAAUAUUGGAGAACAACCAGACACUUUUGGAGUCUAGAGUGCCAAUUGGAGAGCUUCCAGGUGGUGUCACCACUAUGCAUGUUGUUGUGCGGCCUCCCCAACUUGACAAAAAUAAUGAGAAGCAGCUGGGAGACGCACAAAAGCAGAACUGCUGUCCAUGUACCAUCCUGUGACACCAAAUGAUAGCUUGAUGAAUCUUGUCUAGUUCAACAUUUGGCAGCCACUUUUGGUUAAGCAAGGCUUGUUUGUUCAGGUCAAGCAUUUUGAUGGUGUUCACUUAGCUGGCUGUGAAAAGUUUUACAAAAUGCUUCACAAUCUGUCACGGAGCAUUCGAAAAAACCAUCAAAGUGAGACUUGGAGUUAUCAUUCUUUUUGAAUAUAAAUUUGUUAUGACUGUGGCUCCAUUACGUAAGGAAUUUGGCUUCGA